CUCGUGGAUCUGAAGCAGUGAAAAGAGUGCAGGGCUUCAGCCCAACUCCCCAGCUCCUCCCACGUAUUCUUCCCAACCCCCAAAGCUGUUAAAUCUCAGACAGGAGUGGAGACCCAGCAGAACCAGAAUUCCCAGCAACUUUUGCGUCUGAGGAGGGCGGUCACCAUGAAUGCAAGUGAGUUUCGCAGGAGGGGGAAGGAAAUGGUGGAUUACGUGGCUGACUACCUGGAAGGCAUCGAGGGGCGCCAGGUGUUUCCGGAUGUGGAUCCAGGCUACCUGCGCCGCCUGAUCCCCACCACCGCCCCGCAGGAGCCAGAGACAUUUGAGGACAUCAUUAAGGAUGUCGAGAAGAUCAUCAUGCCAGGGGUGACCCACUGGCACAGUCCCUACUUCUUCGCCUACUUCCCCACGGCCAGCUCGUACCCGGCCAUGCUCGCGGACAUGCUGUGUGGGGCCAUCGGCUGCAUCGGCUUCUCCUGGGCUGCCAGCCCGGCGUGCACGGAGCUAGAGACGGUGAUGAUGGACUGGCUGGGGAAGAUGCUGCAGCUGCCCGAGGCGUUUCUGGCUGGAGAAGCUGGAGAAGGGGGCGGGGUGAUCCAGGGAACUGCCAGUGAAGCUACCCUGGUGGCCCUGCUGGCUGCUCGGACCAAAGUGACCCGACGCCUGCAGGCUGCCUCCCCGGAGCUGACACAGGCUGCCAUCAUGGAGAAGUUGGUGGCCUACGCGUCUGACCAGGCACACUCCUCCGUGGAAAGAGCCGGCUUAAUUGGUGGAGUGAGAUUAAAAGCCAUCCCUUCCGAUGACAAGUUUGCCAUGCGAGCUUCUGCCCUGCAGGAGGCCCUGGAGAGAGACAAGGCAGCCGGCCUGAUUCCUUUCUUCGUGGUGGCUACACUGGGGACCACAUCCUGCUGCUCCUUUGACAACCUCUUAGAAGUGGGGCCCAUUUGUCACGAGGAGGGCUUGUGGCUGCAUGUGGACGCCGCCUACGCGGGCAGUGCCUUCAUCUGCCCUGAGUUCCGGCAUCUUCUGAACGGCGUGGAGUUUGCAGACUCGUUUAACUUUAAUCCCCACAAGUGGCUCUUGGUGAAUUUUGACUGCUCUGCCAUGUGGGUGAAAAAGAGGACAGACCUGACCGGAGCCUUCAGGCUGGACCCGGUCUACCUGAGGCACAGCCACCAGGACUCGGGGCUUAUCACUGACUACAGGCACUGGCAGCUGCCGCUGGGUCGGAGGUUCCGCUCUUUGAAGAUGUGGUUUGUUUUCAGGAUGUAUGGAGUCAAGGGACUGCAGGCCUAUAUCCGCAAGCAUGUCCAGUUGUCCCAUGCGUUUGAGGCAUUGGUGCGCCAGGACACCCGCUUUGAAAUCUGUGCAGAAGUCACUCUGGGGCUGGUCUGUUUCCGGCUAAAGGGUUCCAACAAACUGAACGAAGCUCUCCUGGAAAGCAUAAACAGUGCCAAAAAAAUCCACUUGGUUCCUUGCUCCCUGAGAGACCAGUUCGUGCUGCGUUUUGCCAUCUGCUCACGCACGGUGGAGUUGGCCCAUGUGCAGCGGGCCUGGGAGCACAUCCAGGAGAUGGCGACCAAGGUGUUAAGGGCACCGGGGGAGGGAAAGGCAGAGAUCAAAAAUUGAAAUUAUCUGAAGACUGGGAUGAGAGGAAACUAUGUAUCAGCCCAGCUCCUCGGAACCCAGCCUAUAUGUGGCACGUGCUUCUUCUCCAAUUCAGUUCAGGGCUCUUUGUGACCCCAUGAAUUGCAGCACGCCAGGCUUCACUGUCCAUCACCAACUCCCAGAGUUUACUCAAACUCAUGUCCAUCAAGCUGGUGAUGCCAUCCAACCAUCUCAUCCUCUGUCAUCCCCUAUUCCUCCCGCCUCCAAUCUUUCCCCAGAGUUAUCCAGAAAGAAUCCCAUGAUUGCACCUUUUCAGCCACUCAUCAAUGAAGAAAUAGUAUUUGCUACAAGUUAAUCUCAGUGAAUAUAGCUUUUCUUCAUUAUUUGGCUAUGACUUCUGUUGAUUAAAAAAUCAUAUGUUUCUA